CUCCGCCUGCAGAGGGCAACGCCAAAGCCAAACCCUGCACACCGUACGUACCGCCACAUCCCUAGCUCCUCUCUGACUGACGCCUUUUCCGAUCCUCUCCGCCUGCAAUAAUACAAUAAAUCCCAUUGCUCCUCCUGCUCUCCCUGGCCUCUUCUCUCUCAGAUAAUCACACUUGGACAGCACUAGAAGCCUUGAGCUAAGCUAGCUGAGACCACAGAACCACUACAUAGACAUAACACACUACUACUAGUCUCUCUACGGAGUCGUAGAGAGUAUAAAUAGAAGCUAAGAAGUAGACAGAGGAGAGAUCAGUCGUAGCUUAGCUUAGCCCGGGCGGUCAGUGUGCAAGUGCAAGAGAACACCAAGAAACAGACAAGCAGGCAGAGGCUAGUGAGUGGUACGUGAUAGAUACAGAUGAUGAUGAUGCUCUCUGAUCUCUCGUCUGAGCACGAGCACGAGGCCACUGGAUCCAGCUCCUAUGGAGGGGACAUGGCCAGCUACGCCCUCAGCCCUCUCUUCCUCGCACCGGCGGCGUCGGCCACCACCGUGCUGCCGCCGGCACCUCCUCAUCAGCAGCCGGCGGAGGAGGAGCCCAACAAGGCGGCGGGGACCAAGAGGAAGAGAAGCCAGCCCGGCAACCCAGACCCCGGCGCUGAGGUGAUCGCGCUGUCGCCGCGCACGCUGGUGGCGACGAACCGGUUCGUGUGCGAGAUCUGCAACAAGGGGUUCCAGCGGGACCAGAACCUGCAGCUGCACCGCCGCGGCCACAACCUCCCCUGGAAGCUCCGCCAUCGCAGCAGCCUCCCGUCCGGCAGCUCCGGCGCCAGGCAGCAGGGUGGUGAGGCGGCGGCGCCGCGCAAGCGCGUGUACGUCUGCCCGGAGCCAACGUGCGUGCACCACGACCCAGCGAGAGCUCUGGGGGAUUUGACUGGGAUCAAGAAGCACUUCUCCCGGAAGCACGGGGAGAAGCGGUGGCGCUGCGAGCGCUGCGGGAAGCGCUACGCCGUGCAGUCGGACUGGAAGGCGCACGUCAAGGGGUGCGGCACGCGCGAGUAUCGCUGCGACUGCGGCAUCCUCUUCUCCAGGAAGGACAGCCUGCUCACGCACAGGGCCUUUUGUGAUGCCCUAGCAGAGGAGAGCGCAAGGCUUCUUGCAGCAGCAAACAACAGCAGCACUAUCAGUAUCACCACCACAACCAGCAGCAGCAACAAUGAUCUUCUAAACACCAACAAUAUCGCACCAUUAUUCCUCCCGUUCUCCAACUCUCCUCCUGUCGUUGCAGCACAACAAAACCCUAACAACACCCUCUUCUUCCUGCACCAAGAGCUGUCUCCCUUCCUGCAGCCGAGGAUGAUGAUGCAACAACCCUCGCCCUAUCUUGACCUCCAUAUGCAUGUAGACGCCAGCAUCACCACCACCACCACCACCGGUGGUGGCGGCAUCCUCACGGACUCGCCGGUUCUCAGCUUUGGUCUCGCUACGGACGGCUCCGUGGCCACCGUCGGCCACCGGCGCCUCACAAGGGACUUCCUCGGCGUCGAUGGUGGCGGUCAUCAGGUAGAGGAGCUGCCGCAGCUUCCACUGUGCGCCACAGCAGCUGCUGCCAGCCGCACCGCCAGCUGCGCCACCGACCUGACAGCAAGGCAGUACCUCGGCGGUCGGCUGCCGCCGGUCAACGAGACAUGGAGCCACAACUUCUAGCUAGGCUACUUCAAGUUGCAUUGAGAGACAAAUGAAAAGCCACCCAAACUGCAUCCACUCUUGAAGAGCAACACCAAAACUGAUGUGGCGCGAGAGUAUCCUAUUGUGCACUACUGCUCUUUGGUUUAUUGAUCUUUUGUUUUAUUUUUAUUUAGGGUAAUAUGCGGGAUAAGCUAGCUAAUAUAAUUCGAUCUGCACAACUUUUCAUGAAUGGACCAUCAAGUUUAUCUUGUUGCUUUUUA